AGAGAGAGAGAAAGAGAGAGGGGUUUCGCCUUUCUUAUCUCCCAGGAGAGGACUUGUUCACUGUGGGUUCGUUGGAGCCCGCGCCCGUCACGAGUCUCUUAUUAGCUUCUGAUGGUAGAAGUGAAAAACCAAGUUCUUCUGCGUUAUAAGACCAGAUUCUUCUUCUUCUUCUUCUUGCUUCUUUUUCUUCUGCUUCUGAAGCGAAGCAACGGUCUCUCAACAGUAUCGCUGUGUGGAUUUUGAGAAAAACGGGAGAUGAAGAGAGAGCAUCAAGAGAGUACAAGUGGAGGAGGUGGGAGCAGUGGAGGGUAUUCAAUGGCGGCGGCGGGGAAGAGUAAGAUGUGGGAUGAAUUGGAGCAGCAGGAUGCGGGAGUGGAUGAGCUGUUGGCCGUGUUGGGAUACAAGGUUAGGUCGUCGGAGAUGGCGGAGGUGGCGCAGAAGCUGGAGCAGCUGGACAUGGUGUUGGGCAGUGCUCAGGAGGAUGGGCUUUCCCAUCUUGCUUCUGAGACGGUUCAUUACAACCCAUCUGAUCUUGGUACUUGGCUUGAGAGUAUGCUUUCUGAGCUCAACGCUCCUCCCAAUUUUGAUCCUACUCCGUCUCAACAACCUUCUCUUCCUCAGUCCCUCGACGACUCGCUUCUAGCUCCAGCUGAAUCUUCCUCCAUCACCACCGUCGAUUUCCCUAAUUCCAGGCAGCAGCAGCAGAUAGCUCAGCCUUCUCCAAUUUAUGAUGAGCCUACGGAUUACGAUCUCAGAGCAAUUCCAGGCGGAGCCAUUUACGGCCAUACGGAACCGUCGAACAAACGGAUGAAACCCACAUCGACAUCGACGUCCGCAUCUUCGUCAUCGCCUCCGGCUGCUACCCCUGCUCCUGUAGGGGUCAGUAACGGGGUUUCGACCGAGUCGGCACGGUCGGUCGUACUAGUGGAUUCACAGGAGACCGGGAUCCGUCUCGUCCACACCUUGAUGGCCUGCGCCGAGGCCGUACAACAGGACAACCUGAAACUGGCCGAGGCACUCGUCAAACAGAUUGGGUUGCUCGCCGUGUCCCAAGCCGGCGCCAUGAGAAAGGUAGCCACAUACUUCGCCGAAGCCCUGGCUCGUCGAAUUUAUAGGUUGUACCCUCAAGAUUCCCUCGAAUCGUCCUUUUCCGAUGUUCUCCAGAUGCAUUUCUACGAGACCUGUCCAUACUUGAAGUUCGCCCAUUUCACAGCCAAUCAAGCCAUUCUGGAGGCCUUUGCCGGCAAAAGUAGGGUGCACGUCAUCGACUUUAGUAUGAAACAGGGGAUGCAGUGGCCGGCUCUGAUGCAGGCGCUCGCUCUGCGUCCCGGUGGCCCACCUGCCUUCCGAUUAACUGGUAUAGGCCCUCCCCAGCCGGACAACACCGACGCUUUACAGCAAGUUGGGUGGAAGUUGGCCCGACUGGCUGAGACCAUCCACGUCGAAUUCGAGUACAGAGGGUUCGUCGCCAACAGCUUGGCCGACAUCGACGCUUCGAUGCUCGAUAUCCGGCCGAGCGAAGUCGAGGCCGUGGCGGUCAAUUCCGUCUUCGAACUGCACCGGUUGCUGGCCCGGCCGGGGGCGAUCGAGAAGGUAUUAUCGUCGAUCAAGGAGAUGAAGCCCAAGAUCGUGACCAUCGUCGAACAAGAAGCAAACCACAAUGGGCCGGUUUUCUUGGACCGGUUUACAGAAGCUUUACAUUACUACUCGACUCUGUUCGACUCACUGGAAGGCUGCGGGAUGUCUCCGCCAAACAGUCAAGACCAGGUGAUGUCGGGGGUGUAUCUGGGACAGCAGAUCUGCAACGUGGUGGCUUGCGAAGGGGUGGAGCGGGUGGAGCGGCACGAGACCCUGACCCAGUGGCGGAAUCGGUUGGCAUCGUCUGGGUUUGCUCCGGUUCACCUAGGCUCUAACGCGUUCAAGCAAGCUAGCAUGCUGUUAGCCUUGUUUGCGGGUGGGGACGGUUACAGGGUGGAAGAGAACAACGGGUGUCUGAUGUUGGGUUGGCAUACUCGGCCCCUCAUCGCCACCUCCGCUUGGCAACUCGCCGCCGAUUCAAAAUGAGUCAACUCAACCACUCAGCAGAGAGAACUCAGCGAAAUUCGAUUGAUCUCACUUGUACUGGUACGUGGGUACGAGACGGAGACCGAGUCACUGAGCUAGUCGACCCAGACCCAGCACCGACCAAGCAAGAAACAGAUGGAGUGCAGUGCAGAGCUGAGUUGGGCGCAUGAAAGUGAGACCCCACUACCGAGAACUGUGUCUGUCUCCGACCUCUUUAUUUUUCAGCUUUUCUUCCGACCUUUUUUUCUCUCCUUUUCAUUUUCCUGCCUUUUUUUCCUCUGUAAUCUCAACGGUGGAUGAAAUGUGAAAUGUGUAUUUUUAUAAAUAUCUUUUUUUUUGAAUAAAAGGAGAGAUUUUUCUAUUCA